AUGCAGUCGACCCCGGCCCCCCUGGCCGGCGCCGCCGUGGUGUGCCGCUGCUCAAAGCUGCACCUGGCGGCGCUGCCGCACAUCACCGAGGCCAUCAGCGGCUUCCUGGACUGCUCCGUGCACUGGUCGCUGCCCGCGGCCUGCGGCUUCGCCUUCGAGCGCGGCGCGCUGCGGCUCGUGCAGCGCCAGGACCCGUCCUUCCGCCAGCAGCAGUUCACGCUGGGCAUGGCGCGCGCGGCCGCCAGAGGGGACCUGGGCGUCAUGCGGUGGCUCGUGAGCCAGUUCCCGGGCUGCUACGUCACGCGCGCGGUGGAGGAGGCCGCCAAGCACGGCCAGCUCCAAGUGCUGCAGUGGCUGCAGCGCAGCAGUCGCGUGGGCCACAUCCGCGACGAGGGCGGCGGGCUCGCCGUGUUCUGGGGCGCCAAGGAGCUCUUCUACGCGGGGCAGAACGGCCACCUGGCCGUGGUCGAGUGGCUGCAGGAGCACACGCACCCGACGCCCACGCACAUGUUCUUCGUGACGCUGGAGGAGGCCGCAAGGAGCGGAGACCUGCCCAUGGUCAAGUGGCUCUGCGACGUGCGCGGCGAGUGGUCGCCCUACGCGGCGGUGCUGGCCGCGAGUGGCGGCCACUUGCACGUGCUCAAGUGGCUCAGGGGCAACAUCUUCAGCUCGUCGCCCUCGGCCUCGAUGGACGACGCAGCGGCCAAUGGACACUUUGAGGUGCUCAAGUGGAUGCAGACCAAUGGAGGGUACGCCACCCCCGCGGCCAUGAACAAGGCGGCGGGGAACGGCCACCUGGAGAUUGUCAAGUGGCUACAUAAGACAAGGAAGGAAGGGUGCACCCCGGCGGCAAUGGACACGGCCGCAGCUAAUGGGCACAUUCAGAUUGUGCAAUGGCUACAGAUGCACCGGCGUGAAGGCUGCACCAAGUCGGCGAUGGACGAGGCGGCCACACACGGUCAUUUGAGUAUUGUACAAUGGCUACACCAGAAGAGGAAGGAGGGAUGCACCACCCGCGCAAUGGACGGCGCUGCUAUGAACGGACACUUGGCGGUGGUGGAAUGGCUGCAUCGACAUCGGAAAGAAGGCUGCACGACGGCCGCGAUGGACGGCGCGGCACGCGCGAACCAUCUCAAGGUAGUGCAAUGGCUGCAGAAAAACCGGAAAGAAGGCUGCACCCUUGCGGCGAUGAACUUGGCGGCUCGUAAUGGACACCUGGAAGUCGUGCAAUGGCUACAUCGCAAUCGAAAGGAGGGAUGCACGUCGGACGCGAUGGAUCAAGCGGCAGCUCAUGGUCACUUGCGUGUCGUGCAAUGGCUUCACGGGAACCGCAGAGAGGGGUGCACGGCUAAUGCAAUGGAUCGUGCUGCUGCCGCAGGUCAUCUGGACGUGGUGCAGUGGCUUCACAAGCACCGAACGGAGGGCUGUACGGUAGCAGCGAUGGACAAUGCGGCAGGCAGAGGCCAUCUGAUGGUGGUGCAGUGGCUACAUGCCAACCGUAAUGAAGGUUGCACAGUUGCUGCGAUGGAUCGAGCUUCAGGGAACGGCCACUUCGCGGUUUUGCUGUUUCUGCAAGGUGAGCGGACGGAAGGCUGCUCGUCCAAGGCAUUUGUGAACGCGACGUCAGCGGAUGAGCUGGAGAUUUUGCAGUGGCUGUUCGAGCACUAUCGCGGCCAGUUCGGGCACGACCGUCUGCAGCUCUUCGCUGUAGGCAAGUUUUACACUCUCCAGUGGCUCAAGCAAGAGUCCAUCCUUGAAGACCUGCCCGAGAGUGAGCGCCACUUUGAUUAA